UUUGUAUCGUGAAAAUCAAAACAACGCAGUGCAAACAAAAAUAAUAAUUUUUUACCUUUUCCAGUCAUCGAAAAAUCCGCAAAACACGUUUCCUCCACUCGUGUGUGCAAAAAGUGUCAAAAAUCAAUUACGGACAAGGCAAAAAAUUUCCUUCAAGGGCUCGAAACCAGUUGUUUCCCUUUCACACACAAAGUUUCGGACAAAGGUUUAUGUUUAUAUAUUACGAAACCUUUCAUGUCCAGCAACUUUGUUGUACAUCGAUGACCAAAUGUGAUAAGAUCUGCACGAAAUUCGGGUCAUUUUAAGACAAGUCAACUUAACACACAAUGGGCUCUCUUAUGAGCAAACAGUUUGCGACGGCAGCCCAAAAUGUAUCGCAAAUCAUCAAGGGACGCAAACGGAAGUACGAUGAGGACGAUAGCGAGUCGUCUCAAGACGAACAUAGUCUCGAUACGACCUUAAAUACGCCAAAAAGGAAGAAACUCCUAUCAACAACGCAAUAUAUUUACCAAGCGCUGUACAAAGAAUCCCGAUCGUCGGACAUUUCCGUGCGCGCUCUCGGAAAAACGUUCGAACUGCACAAAAUCUACCUCUGUCAAAGUCCGUAUUUCAGUUCCAUGUUCAGCGGCAAUUGGCGCGAGUCGGAUGAUGAUUUUGUGGCAAUUGAAAUUACGGAUCCCAAUAUCACGAUAAAGUCCCUUGAUAUUGUCUUUGGAUCAUUAUAUCAAGACGAAGUUGUGCUCGAACCAUUGGAAAUUGUUGGAAUUUUAGCAACAGCUGCAGUUUUUCAACUCGAAGGACUGAUCGAGAAAUGUGCCGAAGUCAUGUGUGAAACAACUAACAGCGAAACAGCGGUCAAUUACUACGAAACUGCCUGUUCGUAUGGCGUUCAUAGCGUUAAAAAGGUCGCUUUCGAAUGGCUUUUAACGAAUUUCAUGGGAUUCUAUUCGAAAAGCAGCAAACGUCUCAGUGGAAUUGAUGUCGAUUUGAUGACAGCACUCGCUUCUAGUCCAAAUCUUUGCGUGAUGCAAACCGAGUUUUCCUUGUACAUCAUUUUGCGAUCGUGGAUGUUCUUGAAACUCUUUCCGGAAUACACGCCGCCCGAAAAAACCGACGGUUCGAAGGAAGUUGUCCCGAAUCAGCAACCCGAUCACUCGACUUAUUUCGCGAAACGUGAAAGUGACGUGCCCUUUUUGAAUACGCGCGAGGGAAAGCAGUUUGAAAAGGCGUUUCGGGCACUGCGACUGCGGAAUCUCUUGAAUCACUACGUGGAUAUUCGGGUUUUGAAGCAAGAUAAAAUUAUUCCGAUUCAGUGGUUGUAUGAGCCGGUGUUCGAGCAAUGGGUUUAUAUGUUGCACAUUGAUCAUUCGCUUGACAAGGGACCAACGAAGGACGUGGAUGAGAGUAUUUUUUACGAGACUUGUAUGCGAUGCGGAAGAAUUUUGCAGGAGGAAGAUUUCCAAAAGUGGCGAUGGACGGGUUUCAACUUUGGAUUGGAUUUGGUUUUGAUAAUUGAUGCGAGGACACUGUCGAUUAAGAGACAUCAUCGAACGGAAAAUGAGCGUUUGCUGAGUCUUCAGGUCAAAAGGCAAUUUUUAAUCAAAAUCACAUUAAUUUCAUUGAACGAUCAACGACAAAUAAAACACAGCCAGACAACAGACAUCAAAAGCCUUUCAUUAGACAAGAACGAAGAGGUUCACCUGCUGCAUAUGGAUACCGAGCUUACAUAUCCGUUACUCAUUUCUGCCAAUAUUCUCGUUGUGACACCACCGCAAACCCCGAAAACCGACUCGAAUACGACGACGCAAGCUUCGCGCGAAAUUCUACCGCAACCAGGACGCUCAACGCCAACCGUCAAGCAAUCAUAGUUUGAUAUUUUGUGUAAUAAUUAAGAGAGCUUCUAAUUUUUCUUCAAAAGUAUCUCUUGUCAUACUUUACCAGUUUAUUAUUUCCAGUGCCAACUUUCAGGAAUUUGAUGUAAACACGCACACGAAAUAAUCUUUUGAAUAUUUUUGAAAAAAUAAAGUUAAAAUAUACCAAAACUAACAUUACUCGCAUUCUAAGCAUCAGCACACUUCUAGUUGUAAGAUUAACAAAGAUUUUUAAAUUAAAUUUUAAGUGUA